AUGUUCAAACGUCUAAUUUCCAUCACACCCCGCGUCGCCUCCGUGGCGCCGCGCACCACUCUCGCACCCCUCUCGGGCCUGCAGAGCGUCCAGCCCACCCUGUCCCAGCCGCGUGCUGCCGGCCCUGCUCCCCGCCAGCAGCGGAGAGGAUACCAUGAGAAGGUGCUCGAUCACUACAACAACCCCCGGAAUGUGGGGUCCAUGAAGAAGACCGAUCAGGAUGUCGGGACCGGCCUCGUCGGCGCCCCCGCCUGCGGUGAUGUCAUGAAGCUUCAGAUUCGUGUCAACAAGGACUCCAACACGAUUGACGAUGUCGUCUUCAAGACUUUUGGCUGCGGCAGCGCCAUCGCCUCGUCAAGCUACCUCACCGAACUUGUUCGCGGCAUGACUCUUGAAGAGGCCGGGAAGAUCAAGAACACCGAUGUCGCCAAGGAGCUCUGCUUGCCUCCUGUCAAGCUACACUGUUCCAUGCUCGCCGAGGACGCCAUCAAGUCCGCCAUCUCCGAUUACUACCUCAAGAACCCCAACGCCCGUACCACUGACCUGUCGGGUACGGGCGGUGCUAUCCCCGAUAUGAAGGUUGAAAUUGAGCAAAAUCCAGCUGCUGCUGUAUAA